AUGUUUUCAUAUGAUAGCAUGGGGACAGGAGGCGCACUCGGCCCAACGCAAAUCCGUCUCCUGCAUCUACUUCCAGCAAAAGAAAGCACCAAUCCGAUUGCGUGUCGACUUGAGGUUGUCGCAUUCGAAGAAAACCCAGUGUAUGAAGCACUUUCGUACUGCUGGGGCGACAAUACUCUGCUUCAGGGGACAAAAUGCAACAAUGAGGCAUUUCAAGUCACGGAAAGUUUGUUCUCCGGACUGCAGCACUUGAGGAACGACCAUACUGAGCGGACACUAUGGAUCGACGCCAUUUGCAUCAACCAGAAUGAUCUGGAGGAGCGCCAAUCUCAGGUCAAACUUAUGAAAGACAUAUAUACCAAAUCGGAAAGGGUAGUUAUCUGGCUAGGUCCCGACCCCCCUCUGAUGGAGUCAACCACUUUCCCGGAUGAGAUCAAAAAUGACUUCGUUAGACCUAACGAGGCCAAAAAGGGCGCAAUUGCUGUAUUGACAAGACCUUGGUGGACAAGGACAUGGACCGUUCAGGAGAUGGUUCUAGCUCCCAGUGCAAUCAUCAUGUGCGGCCACUUAUCUGCUCCAGCAUCAGAGGCCCGACGUGCAUGCGCUGAUGAUCUUAUGCACGCAGUCAAGGACGCCUUUGACGCUGGUGAUGAUGAUGAUCUACUGAGUUUUAGAGACUUAGUUGACGAUCCUAAUGGCACACUAUACAUGGCCAGGAUGUGA